GAAUCUUCUGCGUAGAAAUAAAAGCUGAUGUCAAAGCUUGAAUUCUUAUCUCUCUGAUUCUAUCUGUAAACUAAAGAUAGAGAAAGGGGGGGAAGGGAAUAAAAAGGAUCAAACUUUGAGAAGUUGACAACCUAAUUCAGCAACUAUUAUAAGCACUGUCAGCAAGGUUUCUGCUAUACCGCUGUGUUUCUUCUUCUGAUACAUAGUCUGAGUCUGUCAUUUCAACUCUGUUCUCUCCCGUCGACAAUGGAUUGGUUCGAGAAGUCAACAUUUCUCUUUCUGGCUUUGCUUCUUCCGGUUCUCCCCACCUUUCAUGGAGUAAUGUCCGAUGAACACCAGCCUCUCUCUAAAAUUGCCAUUCACGAGACAAUAUUUGCUCUUGAUGAGCAUGCAUAUAUCAGCGCCACUCCCAAUCUCCUUGGAUUGAGGGGGCAAAAUACCGAGUGGGUUAAACUGGAAUAUAGUAAUCCCAAACCAUCAAGUAAUGAUUGGAUCGGAGUAUUUUCCCCAGCAAAUUUCAGUGCUUCUGUCUGUCCUGGGGAAAACAGAAUGGCAGGUCCUCCAUUCUUAUGUUCUGCGCCCAUUAAGUUUCAGUAUGCAAAUUUCUCCAGUAAGGAGUACGAAUACACAGGAAAAGGUUUGUUGAAGCUUCAGCUGAUUAAUCAAAGAUCGGACUUCUCUUUUGCUUUGUUUACGGGUGGUUUGUCAAAUCCCAGAGUAGUUGCAGUUUCAAACAAAAUAUCCUUUGCGAAUCCAAAUGCUCCGGUAUAUCCACGAUUAGCACAAGGGAAAAGCUGGAAUGAGAUAACUGUAACUUGGACGAGUGGAUAUGGGAUCAAUGAGGCUGAACCUUUUGUUGAGUGGGAUGUCGAAGGUGGAAACCGUGUGGCAUCUCCGGCUGGGACACUGACUUUCGAUCGUAAUACCAUGUGUGGUGCCCCAGCAAGGACUGUGGGAUGGCGUGACCCCGGAUUCAUACAUUCAAGUUUUCUGAAGGAUUUGUGGCCCAACAGAAGGUACACAUACAGGCUCGGACAUAAACUAUUUAAUGGUACAAUUGUGUGGAGUCAAGAAUACCAGUUCAAAGCACCUCCUUUCCCCGGGCAAAAUUCACUGCAACGGGUAGUCAUAUUUGGUGACAUGGGAAAGGCGGAAGCUGAUGGUUCCAAUGAAUAUAACAAUUUCCAGCCCGGAUCCCUGAACACUACAAAGCAAAUCAUUCGUGACUUGAAGGACAUCGAUAUAGUCUUUCACAUUGGUGAUUUAUGCUAUGCAAAUGGAUACAUUUCACAGUGGGAUCAAUUCACUUCACAGAUUGAGCCUAUUGCAUCAACCGUACCUUACAUGAUAGCCAGCGGCAACCAUGAGCGUGACUGGCCGGGAAGUGGAUCAUUUUAUGGCAACAUGGAUUCUGGAGGAGAAUGUGGUGUAUUGUCUCAGACUAUGUUUUAUGUUCCUGCUGAGAACAGGGAAAAAUUCUGGUACUCUGUUGACUAUGGGAUGUUCAGGUUCUGCAUAGCGGACACAGAACAUGAUUGGAGAAAAGGAUCAGAUCAGUACAAAUUCAUUGAGCACUGCCUAGCAUCAGUUGACAGACAAAAGCAGCCAUGGUUGAUAUUUCUUGCUCACCGUGUUCUGGGAUAUUCUUCUGCUAGUUUUUAUGUAGAAGAAGGCUCUUUUGAGGAGCCAAUGGGAAGGGAGGACCUUCAAAUACUGUGGCAAAAGUACAAGGUUGACAUAGCCAUGUAUGGACAUGUCCAUAGCUAUGAAAGAACAUGCCCAAUCUACGAGAAUAUUUGUACCAGUAAAGAGAAAAACAAUUACAAGGGCUACCUGAACGGGACAAUACAUGUAGUGGUUGGUGGAGGAGGAGCAGCACUUACAGAAUUUGCCCCCAUAAACACCAAAUGGAGCAUAUUUAAAGACAUUGAUUUUGGAUUUGUCAAACUUACAGCAUCUGAUCAUUCUAACCUCUUGUUUGAGUACAAGAAGAGCAGUGAUGGACAAGUUUAUGACUCUUUCAAGAUAUCCAGGGACUACAGAGACAUCUUGGCUUGCGUUGUCGAUAGUUGCUCGCCGACAACAUUGGCAUCUUAGAUGAUCUUGAACAGGAAAAAAUUCUUGAUUUUGUAUUUAGUUUCGUUGAAUAAUAUGAUGAUCUGUGCGGACUCAAGAAGGACAAUGUGAUGGGCUAUUGAAUACUUCAGUGAUGAUUUGUAAGAACUGUGGAGGAAUGUGUAAAUAAGAUUGUA